AUGGAUUACUUCCUCCGGUACCGCAGGAUGACCAUUCCGAAAAGAUACGCCGAAUUCGUUGCACUGAUUGCAAUCUCGUGCACGCUGUUCCUGUUCCUGCACACCCAGAGCCUGACGUCGCGGUUGCGCGAGAUGGAGGACAGAUUACAGCCACCGUCGUCGAUGUCGGCCGCCAGUGGGCUGAGCGGAAAUUCAAUUAGCCAAGUCUCAGCCGGAGCGAACCAAAGCCAGCAGUCGCACGAUCACCUGCAUCCUCACGGGCUGAUUGGCAAUUUGCAUCAUACGUACAACUAUCUCAAGAGCACCGGCCAGAUGCACAGCCUCAAGGCGACCGAGCUGAAUAAUACGCGCCGUUCCGCGGUGCCGAUCAUCUUCUUCAACCGCGUGCCGAAAGUGGGUAGCCAAACGUUCAUGGAACUGCUACGCCGACUGGCGGUGCGCAACGACUACACCUUCCACCGGGACGUGGUCCAGCGGCUAGAGGUGAUACGGUUGUCUCCCGAACGUCAACAAGAGCUAGCCGAAAUGGUUAUGGAGCUGCCGGUCCCGUCUGUCUACGUCAAGCACGUCUGCUACACCAACUUCACCCGCUUCGGUCUUCCGAUGCCGAUCUACGUCAACAUGGUGCGCGACCCAGUCGAACGCAUCAUCAGCUGGUACUACUACGUCCGCGCGCCGUGGUACUACGUCGAGCGGAAGCAAGCCUUCCCAGAUUUGCCGCUUCCCGAUCCGCGCUGGCUGAAGAAAGACUUUGAAACGUGCGUCCUGCAGGGCGACCCCGAGUGUACCUACUCACAGAACGCAGUGCACGAGGGCAUCGGUGACCACCGCCGGCAGACACUGUUCUUCUGCGGACACGGCGAAGAAUGCCUACCCUUCAACAGUGCUGGUGCGCUCGAACGGGCAAAAUAUGCCGUCGAGAGCCAGUACGCCGUGGUCGGUGUGCUGGAAGAUCUCAACACGACCCUCUCCGUGCUGGAGCAGUAUGUGCCGCGCUUCUUUUCCGGUGCCAGCUCCGUCUACUUCAACGAGGUGAACGUGCUGCAGAAGAUCAACAAGAACAGCUUCAAACCUCCGGUGAGCGAGGAGAUCAAGGACCUGGUGCGACGAAACUUCACAAAAGAGAUCGAGUUCUAUCAGUUCUGCAAGCAGCGCCUCUACAAGCAGUACCUCGCCACACAGCUGCCCCUCAAGUAG